UGCAGCAGGAGGUGGUCAGAGACUGGGGAACAUCCUGAAGAAGGUGGUCAGAGACUGGGGACAUGCUGCAGGAGGUGGUCAGAGACUGGGGAACAUCCUGAAGGAGGUGGUCAGAGACUGGGGACAUGCUGCAGGAGGUGGUCAGAGACUGGGGACAUGCUGCAGGAGGUGGUCAGAGACUGGGGACAUGCUGCAGGAGGUGGUCAGAGACUGGGGAACAUCCUGAAGGAGGUGGCCAGAGACUAGGGACAUGCUGCAGGAGGUGGUCAGAGACUGGGGAGCAUCCUGAAGGAGGUGGUCAGAGA